AUGUCGACCGCAAUCGACCUCGCGGUCGAGCUGGUCGCUGACCUCAAGGGGGAGCCCCGCCCCAGCGCCCUGGCUGCAAAGGACUCCACACAGGCCAGGGUCUCGGGUGCCGUGUCGAACCUCAGGCAGCGGCUCACCGACGCCAUCCCCAAGCGCGGCGGCGCCCAACCCGGCGCCGGCGAGGCCGCCGACGCGGGCCGCGACCUGUCGGCGUCGCCGUCACAGCGGCGUUCGGGGCGGGUGGCUUCCAAGGUGGAAUGA